GGUAAUUGCUAAGGAGCAAGCAGCACGUAGAUCCUCCCCGUCAUCAGGCAGAGCUCUUCAGUGAGGUGGGUUCAGGGAGGGCUCUGUGCCUCUGCUCAGCAGAGCUGCAGCUGCUGCCCAGCUCUCAGGAGGCGAGCUGGACACCCUCACUCGGCUGCAGGAUCAGGGACAGAAAGGUUCAACCCUGCCUGAGCCAUGCCAGCCAACUUCACAGAGAGCAGCCUCGAUUCCAAUGGGACCAUGCAGAUGCUGGAUUCUUCCCCAGUGGCUUGCACUGAAACAGGGACUUUUACUGAAGUGGUGGAAGGAAAGGAAUGGGGCUCCUUCUACCAUUCCUUUAAGACUGAGCAAUUGAUAACGCUGUGGGUCCUCUUUGUUUUUACCAUUGUUGGAAACUCUGUUGUGCUUUUUUCCACAUGGAGGAGAAAGAGGAAGUCAAGAAUGCUCUUCUUUGUGACUCAGCUGGCCAUCACGGAUUCUUUCACAGGACUGGUCAACAUUCUGACAGAUAUUAUUUGGCGAUUCACUGGGGACUUCAUGGCACCUGACCUGGUUUGCCGAGUGGUCCGCUAUUUGCAGGUUGUGCUGCUCUACGCCUCUACCUACGUCCUGGUGUCCCUCAGCAUAGACAGGUACCACGCCAUCGUCUACCCCAUGAAGUUCCUUCAAGGAGAAAAGCAAGCCAGGGUCCUCAUCGUGAUUGCCUGGAGCCUGUCUUUCCUGUUCUCCAUUCCCACCCUGAUCAUAUUUGGGAAGAGGACACUCUCCAACGGUGAAGUGCAGUGCUGGGCCAUGUGGCCUGACGACUCCUACUGGACCCCAUACAUGACCAUUGUGGCCUUCCUGGUAUACUUCAUCCCUCUGACAAUCAUCAGCGUCAUGUAUGGCAUUGUGAUCCGAACUAUUUGGAUUAAAAGCAAAACCUAUGAAUCGGUGAUUUCCAACUGCUCAGAUGGGAAACUGUGCAGCCACUACAACCGAGGACUCAUCUCAAAGGCAAAACUCAAGGCUAUCAAGUAUAGCAUCGUCAUCAUUCUUGCCUUCAUCUGCUGUUGGAGUCCAUACUUUCUCUUUGACAUUUUGGACAAUUUCAACCUCCUUCCAGACACCCAGGAGCGUUUCUAUGCCUCUGUGAUCAUUCAGAACCUGCCAGCAUUGAAUAGUGCCAUCAAUCCCCUCAUUUACUGUGUCUUCAGCAGCUCCAUCUCUUUCUCCUGCCGGGCUAACAGCAUUGUCUACCUGUUGGCCUGUGAUGUCUCUGUCCUCUGGGCUCUGGUGCUGACCAGUGGGAAGGAGAGCUGUGAGUCAUUGAGAAGAAAGGUCAGGGUAUUACAUGUAAAGUACCUGGCACAGUUUUUUGUCUGAUGUUUAAUACAUUUUUUAUAACUAUUGUCUCUUAACAUGUCUACUUCCGUUUUCAUUAGGUCAAAUUAUUUCCCUCCCUGCUUCAUUUUUACUUUCUCCAGGGAGCAAAGAUCACAGGAUUCCAGAAUGACGUUCUGGGAGAGAACCGAGAGGCAUGAGAUGCAGAUUCUGUCCAAGCCAGAAUUCAUCUAGACCCUGGGGCAGUACCAGUGCUAGGCUGAGCACCAUCAGCUCUCCCAGGUCCUUGUCACCCGCUUGGGCAUGUGCAUGGAACCUGAGCUGACUUCACCCACCCUCGUCAUCACCUGGGAGAUGCACAAAACAAAUGUUCUAUUGAGUCCACGCACUGCGUUAAGUAUUGGCCAACACGAACUCCCCAGUUAUUCAUGCCAGCCUGGAAGGAAACGCCUUCCCUCCCUACCGUUCCCAGUCCUCCUUCCCACUGGCCAGCACCUGAACCCAGUGAACACAGGCAUCGGUGGCCCCAGGCCGUGGCUUGGAGGCAGUGAGUAGACAGGCAAGCAGAAGGGACAAAAGUAGCAGGGUUAUGCAUGAAUCUUCUCACUACAAUAGAAGAAGAAAAUAAAAUACUUAAUUAAGCCUAGACUUUUUCCCCAGUUUUGGAUUGGAGGUUCAGUGCUUGUAGCCAAGAAAGUGUCUGUCCUUGAAAUGCCAACAAAUUCAUUUUCAGGCAUUGGUGCUUUGUACCUCUUCUGCAGAUAGCCUUGGUUUGCAGAUGAGUGUGCUGGCAGCAGGCAAGUGCAUUUCCUAUUCCAUCAACAAAUGAUUUGUGGAAAGGGCACACUGUUGGCCCUCCAGAACAAGGCCAAACAAAGGAAUACUGGCUCUGAUAGAAAACAAGUUGUGUUAAAAAGCCAUGGACCCCUCACUUCCAGCCUCUGAGAGCUGGUCCCUGGAACACACACGUCCUUGAGGCUUUCUGAGACCUCUUGCUCUGUAUUCAACACUUGGGCCACUCUGGGCUCCAUUCCUCACAUCUCAAGAACAAGUCUUCCCCUUCUUAACUACCUGAACCUGCUGUUUCUUUGGGAGCUGGGUUCCUGUGGCUUUUCCAGGCUCGAUGUUUCGCUAAGCUCUUUAUCGUUUUUGCCUGUCACAGCCUUUGUCUAGCACCUCGGCCGGGAAGCACUGGUGGGGCUUAUUUUGACAGGUCUGGAGUUUGGCACUUAUGAGCAUAAUCCAAGUGAAAUAUGACUUAAUGUUUUCUAGUCAAUUUCUCCCAUCAGAUUUUUCCACAAGUGGAAGUGAAAUAAUUUCAUUUGAUCAUAUAUACAUCCCACCCACGGCUCUGGGAUGCGCGUGAGCACCUUAUUUUAGCUUCACAUAUAUUCUUGACAUUAAAGUCUCCUUGGCAAAAUCCUCCUUCCCAGAAUUAUUCAGAGCUUAAAUCUUUUUUUUUCUUUUUCUUUUUGGCAUACUGCUAGUGGAGUCAUUAAACUGUUCAGUAUAUUUUAAUAGCACUCCAUUCCUCACUGUGGUGUCAACUCAGAGUCUGCAUGCUUAAGGUCAUGUGGGCUAUUUUUUUUUUUUUUUUUUUUGUAAACUCUCUUUUCAGUUCGAUCUGACCUUAGGAAAAGUAUCUCUUUAAAGGAAAUCAGACUCCUCACUCACCAUCUCUCCGAGAAUUAUUCUCUGAAUUUGAGGAGGCUGAAUAAUCUAGUUUUAUUUCUACACAAUACUUUUGAAGGCUGCCUCCCUCUCUGUCCAAUCAGCUAAACUUGAGCAACCCUGGAAGCUUUGAACAGUUGAGAAAUGCUUUUCCACAUUUCACUUUAAAUCAAGAUGUGCCACAGAAGACCCACGGAACUGUUGCUAAAAUAGCUGCCUGCACAGGAGCCAAUUAACAGAGCAAAAACUGGCAGAUGUCCUAGAUGGCAAAACAGGAGGACCAGGUUCUCUUGACAGAUGCUUUCAAUCUUUGUCAAGUCUGGUCUGCAAACUACAUUGCAUGCCUACCUCAUCCAUCAGUAGAUUAUCGAAGUGAAGGAGAGAGUAUAGUGGGGGGCGUUGUGAUCUACAGAAACUGUGGAUGUGAUUUCAUAGUUGUUGUGAUGCUGUCUCUCUCAUUUCCUGUGAAGACUGGAGAUCAAUAAGAUAAGGGUACAGAUUGCUGCAGGAUAAUCUGCCAUUUAAAUGAAACGUGCUUGAUAGUGGUAUGAAUUCUAGAAUUGUCAUUUCCAUGUAUUUGCUGAGCUUGGGGAAACAUGACUUAAGCAUUAUGAAAAUACUGGUAAUGAAUAGUCUUGUGACCUUCAACAAAUCAUUUCACACCUCUGGGCAUCAAUGGUCUCAUCUGCAAGAUGGGGACAAAAUCAGCCUGGGGCAGAGGAUCUUGGUGGUUCCUCCCAGACACAGACUCUGAGAGUGAGAGCUUCUAGAAUUCUUUCUCCAGAAGACCAAUGACUCAAUGACUUAAUGCUGAGUCAUUUGCCCUUCAGAGGUAUAACUUCCCUAUCUAUCGCUGUGAAUGCAGAGAAAUAUCAUUUCCCAACUGAGAAAUGCAGUCUGAGCUCUUGGAGAAAAUUAGAAGCUUAGUGCUGUGACAUUACUGUUUGCAGCCUUUGAUGCCCAGGUGGAAUCAGAGAAGCCAGCAGGGUGAUUCCUAAGGUGUCACCUAAGAUGUCACUUUUUGAGAUGUCAAAAAGAAAUAAAAACCAAGAUGUCAAAAAGUCUAGACUUUUUCCCCAGUUUUGGAUUGGAAGUUCAGUGCUUGUAGCCAAGAAAGUAUUUGUCCUUGAAAUGCCAACAAAUUCAUUUUCAGGCAUUGGCUACAUUAUUAUAAAUGUGGCUACAUUAUUGUAAAUUAUUAUAAAUGUGGUUACAUUAUUGCAUAGCUUCAGGGACAGGAGAAAAUUUAGGAGAGCCAGAGUAGGUGUGCUUACUAUUUUCAGCCAAACUCUAGAAAAUAAGUGUCUCCACUUUACUGAACUAAAUUAAACAUGAAUGGUAAAAACUUCUCUACUUUCAGGGUGCAUGUGAACAUAAUUUAGUUGAAGUUUACUUUCACUAAGCAACAUCUCCCACCUUUUCCCCCAGAAAAUGGUAACACCUUUUUAAUGACUUUCAUUUGUGAAUAAUCAUGAGAAAAAUAGAGUCCCUUUGAAGCCAGCCCAAUAGGCAGCUUAAAUUUCCUAGCUUUGUUUGGAAAAUUCUGUACACACAUAUGCAGAAAUGACCUUGCCUUUUCCAAAUGCAUUUACAGUGUCAAUCAGAAAAGGCCACAAGCCUGAGUCUGAGAGAAAAAAUG